AUGUCUCCAACCAACAGCCCUGACUUCAUCCUCAGGGUAGCUUACCUGCCUUUUCCCCUCUACGUCAUUGAGGAACAACGGAACAACCAAACGCAUGUCUUUGGCAUUACUGGAUCAGUUCUGGACAACAUCACUACCGCCAUGAACAUCACGUACAGGCUCGUGUUUGCCGAGGACCUGCAGUGGGGUGUCAAGCUCGCCAACGGAAGUUACACGGGCCAACUCAAGGCCCUCGCCGACAAUAAAGCGGACCUGGCACUCGGUCCUCACUACCCUGUGCUGGAGCACACCGAGGAUUUCGAGCCCGCCCUGCCACAUAAUCAGGUUGCCAUGGACAUCAUGAGUGGCAUGCAAAGGGCGUUCGCGUCCAACAUCUUCGCCUGCUUCACCGCUUUCAGCACUGAGGUGUGGAUCACGGUCAUCAGCGUUCUCCUCUUUCUAAGUGCAAUGACAGCGCUGCUGCGCCCGGCCAGUGACUUUUGACAGAGUCGUCCGAUCUCUGCUCACGUACUUCGAGGUCAUGCUGCAAGAAGGUGAGAAAAUACGGCUCAACUG